AUGAAGUCUGCAUUGAAUUUAUGUUUGUUGCUUCUUGCACUUCAAGUCCAGGGUCAAUAUAUCUUUGACCUCAGUGACAAACAGCGAAAACAAAAAAUACCCUAUUCCCCAGACCACUCCCAGGCUGAAGAUGAAAACCUGGCUCACGUGAAGAUAGCCCCCAGCAAUGCUGACUUUGCAUUUAGCUUUUACAAGCAGGCCAGAGAGGAGGCAGGCAACAAGAACAUUUUCUUCUCUCCUUUGAGCAUCUCCACGGCCUUUGCAAUGCUCUCCCUGGGGGCCAGAUCAAACACACUGAAUCAGCUGCACAAAGGUCUCGCCUUCAACCUGACAGAUAUGGAGGAGCCAGAGAUCCAUAAGGGAUUUCAGCAUGUCCUCCAGCUGCUGAAUGACCCUCGCCGAGAAGUCCAGUUGAACAUGGGCAAUACCCUGUUCAUAAGCGACCAACUGAAAUUGCUCCCAAAAUUUUUGGAUGACGUCACAUAUUUUUAUUAUUCUGAAGCUAUUUCUAGUAACUUCCAGAAUUCUCUGGAGGCUAUAAAGGAAAUCAAUAAGUACAUAGACACAAAAACCCAUGGGAAAAUUGUUGAUUUACUCAAGAGUCUUGAUUCAGACACUGUAAUGGUUCUGGUUAACUACAUUUUCUUUAAAGGCUACUGGGAAAAACCUUUCAACAAUUUGUACACCAGAGAUGAUGACUUCUUGUUGGAUGCCAAUAAUUCCGUUAAGGUCAAAAUGAUGCAUCAAAACAAAGGCUUUAAUAUCCACAGGGAUGAGAAUUUGUCUUGCUGGGUAGUAGAAAUCCCAUACAAAGGAAGUGCUACUUCAUUGUUCAUUCUGCCUGAUGAAGGGACAAUGCAGCAAGUGGAGGAUGCUCUACUAAAAGAAACAGUGUAUAACUGGAUGCAAUCACUUAAAAAAAGAAAAAUCUACCUGGACCUUCCAAAGUUUUCCAUCUCCAGUGCCUAUGAUGUCAAGAGCCUGUUUGAGAAAAUGGGUGUGACAGAAUUGUUCAGUGACCAGGCUGAUCUCUCUGGAGCGGCAGUAAAAACUCUUCUGAAGGUUUCCAAAGUAAUUCACAAGGCCGUGGUGGAUGUUAGUGAGAAUGGCACAGAGGCUGCUGCAGUGACCUUGAUAGAAGUGGUACCAUUGUCUGCGGAGUUUCCUCCUCCUCCUCACAUCAGAUUCAACAGGCCCUUCCUGAUGAUGAUUAUUGACAAAAUCACCCAUGGCAUCCUUUUCAUGGGGAAAAUUGUGAACCCAGCUAAGGAAGACUAGGCCAGAGCACUUGUACCCCCCAGUGCAGAGAAGAGAGCUUGCGCACAUCUCAGGGACUUCUUUGCAAAAAGGGACUAGAAUUGAUCCAUAAUUAACAAAUAAAUAAAUAUUACAUGAAGUUACUCUUCACUUACAAACAGACAGUUGGGGAAAAGCAUGAGUGGGACAUGUUUAUAAAAUGACCCAGGCCAAACAGGCAGCAGUGGGAUCUUCAACAGACAAACAUUUCCUUACCUCACUCAUCUCUGGUGCCACAGUCCCUCGCAUGCAGAUAAACCUUCCUCCUCCUGGCUGAGAAACUCCCUAUGUCUUCCAUUUUCUCCAUAUCAAGUCCUCAGUUCAGAAACCACAGAUCUAUCCCCUUCAGCUGAGAAACCAUCUUUUCACUUCCUCUCGUUCCACUGUGAAUCUCAGAAGUGUCUUUUAUUUCUGAAGUCCUUGCAGGGCUCAGUGGCUAAGAAAGGAAACAGAAACACAGACCUUUAGUCAACCUAUUCACACACCUAUAACACACCUAAAGGUUUGCUUAAUGCAAAAUAUUUUCUCUAUAGUCAUCCCCUUGUCUCCAGAUUCUAAAGAAAGAAAACCAGCAAUGCUUGAAAAGUGCUAAUGGAAAAUCUUAGUCAGCUAUACCUGUCUAACUCCUUUUCCCUCUCAGGAAAAGAAAAUCAAUUGUUUCAGCAGUGCUUGAAGGGGCAAACCUCAGCUGCUGGAGCCAAGCCAAGGAUUUCAGCUCUGCACAGAGCUGCCAAAUUGCAAGUCUGUUUAUCCACAACUACUAAUACAGCUUGCACAGUCAUUGCUCCCCUGCUUUUGGAGUGGUGAGGUUUAGGUGAGCAGUUAACUGUGCACUAUUUGGGAGAUGUUAGAAGAAAGGCACAAAUGAGAGUAAAUAGGAAACUCUUUAUUUACAUAAUUUCUUCCCUCCCCACCUGUCCACUUCUGGAAAAUGAAAAUCAGGAACAAUCCCAGUCUUUUUUAUUAGUAGUAAAUAUUCGAUAUCUGAAACAGAAA